AUGGCGAGCGGCGCUUACCCCGUGCAGCUCCUCCACCGCCCCGGCGCCGCCGAGGGCCAAUGGCGCAACCUCGGCGCCGCCUACGCCGCCGUGACCUUCCUACGCCCGCAGGGGCAGUCCCUCGUCCUGUACGCCGCGGGACCCGACGGCCAGCCGCAGCAGCCGCGGCGCAUCGUGUUCGUGUACCCGAUCCUCCCCGGCGACGCCUUCGAGCGGCUGGACGGCGCGACGCUGUCGUGGGCGGAGCCCGAGUCCGGGGAUGAGUUCGCGCUCUGCUUCCUCGACGACGACGCCGCGUGCGGGGCCGUCUGCGGCGCCAUCGCCCCGGUGGUGAGGACCCCGGCGGCGGUCGACGGCAUCGCGGACAUCCUGGCGGGGCUCCGCGUGGCGAGGGAGGAGGGCGCGCCGGCGCCCGGCGGAGCGGACAUCGCCGCGCGGCUCGCGCGGCUCAGCAUCGGCCGCCCGUGA